UUUAUAUGCAAUAAGGUCUCCCUCAAUCGUGCCCUAUUUUAUUUUAAUGCCACCAUAAUUGCCAAAAGUGAGGUGAUUGUCUUUGUCAACUUUUACACAAACACAUUUUUGUGGAAGACUUCAUUGGCUGAGUGGAGGAUUAUUAUUAUGAUUUUUCGGUUAAUAUUAACGCUGUACUUGAAUGUGUUAGGCUCAUACAGCUUCCUGUUUGAAAAGAUGACUACAGAAUGUAUGAUAUCCUUAGCUGAGAGUGUUCCUGAAAAUUUGACCUAUCCUCCAGGUUCACCAUCACACCUGUCUACCUAUGAUGGCAUCAUGUCCCUGAUUGAAAAUGCUCAGCAUACAAUUGAAAUAGCCUCUUUUUACUGGUCACUGCAAGCACAAGAUGUGUACAAUUCAUCAUCAUCUUGGCAAGGAGAGAAUAUUUUUAAAAAACUCAUUGAUGCUGGAAAGAAUAGGAAAAUUACAAUAAAAAUUGUCCAGAAUCAAGCGAACCCACGUUUUCCUAAUACUGACACAAAAAUCCUCGUCAAAGAAGCUUCUGCAAUUGUUCGGAAUUUAAAUGUGCAAAAACUUAUGCAUGCUGGAAUUUUGCAUACCAAGAUGUGGCUUAUUGACAGAAAGCACUUUUAUGUUGGAAGUAAUAACCUUGACUGGCGUUCAUUCACUCAAAUAAAAGAAAUGGGUGCCAUAGUCUCCAACUGUAGUUCUCUUUCACAAGAUAUGGGGAAGUUAUUUGAUGUCUACUGGUAUUUGAGUAAAGUUGAGAAACUGCCGAGGGUAUGGCCAAACUCUUACAGUACUAACUUCAAUAAAACCAAUCCUCUGAAUGUGAAUUUCAAUAAAACCAAUUAUAAUACAUAUUUGUCGAGUUCCCCUCCGCCUUUCUGUGCAAAUGGACGAACAGGUGACAUCGAUGCAAUACUGGAUGUUAUCUAUUCUGCUAAGAAGUUUAUCCACAUUGCUGUCAUGGAUUAUGCUCCUGCUCUUAUAUACAGUUAUCCUAAAAAAUACUGGCCAGUUAUUGAUAAUGCCCUCAGAAAUGUGUCAUUUAACAAAGGUGUUGAAGUCUUCAUGAUGUGUAGCUUGUGGAAACACACAAAGCCAAGUGUAGACAAUUACCUUAAUUCUUUGGCUGCUCUGAGUGGUACUGGACGAGCUAGAAUUCAAGUGAAAUUCUUCCACGUUCCAAGUUUUACACCUGAACAGGAUAAGAUUCCUUUUGCACGUGUUAACCAUGACAAAUAUAUGGUGACAGAUACUGAUGCCUAUAUUGGAACGUCCAACUGGAGUGGUGAUUACUUUACAUCCACAGCAGGACUGGGAUUGAUUGUCAGACCAACAGAUACGAAAAAAGUAAAUUUGCGCCAGCAACUUGAAGCUGUUUUUCAAAGAGACUGGAACUCUAAAUAUUCAUUUCCCGUCAAAAGAAGAUAAUCUCAGAAUAAAUGUCAAUAAAUAUUCCAAAAUAUAAUUUUAUACUCAAGUGUAAUAUUACAAUAUCUCAACUUACUUUCAAGAAAGCAAAACAGCUAAAUUAACCUGAUUUCUAAAUUCAUAAUAAUUUACAAGAACUUAUCAUAGAUUUCUGUAAAAAUAUCAUCACAUUUUCUUGUUAAAUAAAUAUAAUCUUGUCAUAAGUGUCA